CUUUACUAUCCUGCUCACACAUUCAUUUUCAGUGAGCCCCGUUCGGAUCGAAAGACAAACACACAGAGAAACGGAAACGACCUAAAUCUAAACCGGAAGUUAAAGUGAGACAAUGGAGCGACUGCGAUCGUCGCAAAGCCGCGAGGUGCGGAUCGGGAACUACAAGGUGGUGAGAAAGAUUGGAUGCGGGUCCUUCGGCGACAUCUACCUGGGCAUUUACAUCCACAGUGGCGAACGGGUGGCCAUCAAGGUGGAGAGCAGCCGGGUGCGUCAUCCGCAGCUGAACUACGAGAGGCGACUGUACAGGGCACUCAGACCCGCCCACGGGCUGCCCAGGAUCAGGUAUUAUCACAAGGAACCGCACUACCAGGCGAUGGUGAUGGAUCUGCUGGGACCCUCGCUGGAGCGGCUCUUCCAGUUCUGCGAGAGGGCCUUCACCAUCAAGACGGUGCUCCUUCUGGCCGAGCAAAUGUUCCGGCGGGUGGAGUACGUCCAUAGCCGGGGAUUCCUGCACCGCGACAUCAAGCCGGAUAACUUCCUAAUGGGCCUGGGCACCAUGUCCAAGCAGGUGUACCUGAUUGACUUUGGCCUGUCGAAGAAAUUCCUGGACAUAACCACUGGUGUGCACAUACCAUAUCGUGAGGAACGUCCUCUAACCGGAACUGCCCGAUAUUCCUCCAUUUGCGCCCACGAAGGCAUCGAAUCCUCGAGGCGGGAUGAUAUGGUGUCCGUGGGCUAUGUCCUUAUGUACUUUAAUCGCGGAUCGCUGCCCUGGCAGGAUAUGAAGGCCUCCACCAAAUUGCAGAAGUACGAGCGCAUUCACGAGAAGAAGAUCUCGGUGAGUGUGGAGGUCCUGUGCGAGGGAUUCCCCUGCGAGUUCACCAUGUACCUGAACUACUGCCGCGGCAUGGGGUUCUACGAGAGACCCCAGUACGACACCAUCUGCCGGAUGUUCCGCAUGCUAAGGAAUGGCCUUAAUCUUCGACCCGGACUGAUCUACGACUGGGACAUGCUGAUGAUGAAGUUCCACAACACCCAGAUUAAUCCCGGAAUCGGACAUCGGGUCUUCCCGCCCAAACAGCCGCAGGACGAGGGACGCAGCGGAGAGCCGAUCGUCAAGGACGAAAAGUGCAACUACUGGCCUUGAGGAAUAUCUAGUAUCUAGUAUCUAUCUUAGUAUCUAGUCCAAACAAGUCAAAGUGUGUUGUAUAAAUUUAUAGUCACUCCAAAUUCAUUGGUCAGCCAUCUGGAACGACUGGUAUUUUGAGAAAA